AGCUGGAAAUUUCUCCCCCGCCCCCUUUAGUCCCAGCAGCUCGCCCGCCGCCUGCUCCCAGUGCCGCCGCCAUGGCUAACUACAUCCACGUCCCGCCCGGCGCCCCCGAGGUGCCCAAGCUGGACAUCACGGUGCGCGACCAGGAGGGGCCUGGCUGUCGUCCGGGCGCCCUGCGCCUGCUGCGCCGCCUGCGCCCGCACUGGAGACCCGAGGAGGUGACGCUGCAGUUGUUCACAGAUGGAAUCACCAAUAAACUUAUUGGCUGCUAUGUGGGAAAUGAGAUGGAUGAUGUGGUCUUAGUUAGAAUCUAUGGGAACAAGACCGAGCUCUUAGUAGACCGGGAUGAGGAAGUAAAGAGUUUCCGAGUGUUGCAGGCCCAUGGCUGUGCGCCGCAGCUGUACUGCACUUUCAAUAAUGGUCUAUGCUACGAGUUCAUGCAGGGAGAAGCAUUGGAUCCAGAGCAUGUUUGCAAUCCUGAUAUUUUCAGACUUAUAGCCAGGCAACUUGCUAAAAUCCAUACUAUUCAUGCACAUAAUGGAUGGAUCCCCAAAUCUAACAUGUGGCUGAAGAUGGGGAAGUAUUUCUCUCUCAUACCCACAGAAUUUACAGAUGAGGCAGUAAAUAAAAGGUUCCUAAGUGAUGUUCCAAGUCCUCAAGUCCUUCAGGAGGAGAUGGCCUGGAUGAAGGAGAAACUGUCAAAUCUAGGAUCACCAGUGGUUCUCUGUCAUAAUGACCUGUUGUGUAAGAAUAUUAUCUACAACAAGAAACAAGAAUGGAGGAAAAACAAUCCCAGCAGUACCUCACUUAUGAGCAAUCCUACAAUAACCAGUGAUGUACAGUUCAUUGAUUAUGAAUAUUCUGGAUACAACUACCUGGCAUACGAUAUUGGAAAUCAUUUCAAUGAGUUUGCAGGGGUGAAUGAGGUAGACUACAGCCUUUAUCCCAGUAGGGAAUUACAGGAGCAGUGGCUGAGAUCUUACCUUGAAGCCUACAAGGAGUAUAAAGGAUUUGGCACAGAUGUUACUGACAAGGAGGUUGAAGUGCUGUAUGUUCAAGUAAAUCAGUUUGCUUUGGCUUCUCAUUUCUUUUGGGGACUUUGGGCUUUAAUUCAGGCCAAAUAUUCUACCAUUGACUUUGAUUUUCUAGGGUAUGCAAUAGUUCGUUUUAACCAGUAUUUCAAAAUGAAGCCAGAGGUCACAGCAUUAAAACUUCCUGAGUAAUGAAGAAGGAACUUAAAAUGAAGAAGCAAUCCUUGAGAAUAACUACUUUUUUUUUUUUCUUCUGAGAACAGAUACUGGAAAAAGCUAAACGUUUGUUAAAGUUCUAUAAUGUUCACUUGGUUGUUUUGCUUUACAAAUGAUGCCUCUAAAACAGUCUUUUAAUGUUAAAUCUAAUGAAGAGCAUACCUACUGCUGUUGAUGUAAAAUGGAUUAGAAAUUUGCUAAAUCUAUAAAAAAAAGUUUGUAGAGAUGGCAAGGUAAUCCUUUCUUUUGUAAUUUAACAGGUUGUAUGUGAAUUAUUUAUUAUGAGUUUAACAUGAUUCCAUUGCUGCUUUCAUCACUUUCUGUAAGAGUUGAGUGGAGACAGUGAAAUUGUUCCAAAGGAUUUGUUUUUAGCAUUUAUUUUAUUAAAGUAACGUUAACUUAUAUUAAACUGUACAUGGUCAGAAAACUUUUAAUCUUUGAACUGUAUACAAAAAAUAUGUGAAUGGUAGUACACAGUAAUUAGGGGAAGGAAGAGGAAGAUAAAAAGCAGCUUUCCACAUCAUGGUACUUUUUUAUAAAGAGGUUUCCCUGUCUGUUGUGAUGGAUAAAUGCCAAUAUUUUGAUUUCCCUCCCCCCUUCUGCUUAGUGUACUACUCUGUAGAACUGUGAAGGUUUUGUGACCCUCUGAUUAUUCAGGAAUAUGUACCAUCGCACAGUGUCUAACAGGAAGUGUACCAAACUGACUAAGGUGGAAGGAUUUCUUGUUUUGGUAAAUGUACAUGGUUUGGUUUUGUUUUGUUUUGUUUUUUAAAAGACCACUAUUUUAACAUCUCAAGUUGUUCCUUCCCAUUAAAAAUAGUUUUUCAAAACUGUUUGAACACUAUGUUCUGGACUAUGUGUAUAUUUUAACAUACUGCAAUAGCAGCCAACAGGAUGGACUCUUGAUCUAAAGCUUAGUGAAUGGAAAUCCUGUUGCACUUGGGAGCAAAACAAUAAUUGCCACUUAAGUUUACAAUCUAUAUAUCAUUUAAUCUUUCUUUUUUCACUUCUUUCUACCCUCUACUUCUGAGGGGGUUUUUUAAUACUUAGUCAAGUAGUUGUAGAUUCUAUUACAUGUUCUCGUUUUCCUACCAAAUAAUAACAGAGAUUUUACUAGUACAUUCUCACAUUCAGAGAACUUUCUCCAAAUGUAUGAGGUUUGAACAAAUGAGGCUUUGAUCAUAAAACUUUUUAAAGAGCUGCAAUACCAAGAAUGGUCUGAAUUACAAAAUAUGAAUUGAAAACAUUUGCUUAGUAACACUGUGCAGGUGGAAAGGAAGCUUUAAAUCUUAAAUUCCUGUGCGGAGUUGAGCAGCCAUCUAGACAACUCCAAUUAUUCCUCUGAAAACUUUGCAUUUUGGUCACUUAAGUGCCCACAUGUACAAAGUCUGAGUAUGUGCAAACGCAAACUUACCUUAAGAGUAGAUAUGGGGAGCCUGAUGCACAGACUCCAGCAAAGAUAUUUAUUCAAAUUGCUUUGUAGUACAGUGUCAUUUACACACAAGCUUGACAAAAGCUUGGAUUGUACCAGGAUGCUUAAAGCAAUCAAUGUGGAUGAAACACUUUCACUUUAAAAACAGUUGUGAAUGUCAUUCUGUUGUUUUACAAAAGCAAGUCAUUUCUUAAGUUUUGUAUUCAGUAGUGACUAGUCCCAAUCUUGUAUUUCCAACAAUCACAUUCUUAAAACAGCAACAUAAAUGGGUAAAAAAAAAAUUGAGUGAGUAACAUUUUUGUUAGUAAUUAUUAUUAAAAAAAAAAAAGUUAUUAGAUUGGGCAGAUUCUCUUGGUAUAGUCCAAUAGAACUGACUAGCUAAAACUCAAGUUACACUUUCCUUUUGUAGCAUUAGGAAGGAUGUUUCUAGAGCUCAUGAAACUAGCAGGCAAUGAGCAGUUUUUAAUACUAGUAUCCAAAGUAAAACCUUACUUCUCACUAAGAGCAUGAAUCUGACAAUCUUGCAUUUAGUAUUCCACACUCUGCAAGGGGUGCUUCUAAUUUCAGCACGACAUGUCUUGGACUAAGAUUCUGCUCAGUGUGGGAGUGUUUCAGCUCUCGAUUUCAGAACUGUGGUAAAAGCAGUCCUUUUGGCCAGAGUGGCUGGUCUAUUUCUUGUACUGUUCAUAUGUAGUAUAGAAAUAAGUGGAAGUGAAAAUGUGGCAAUGUUUUCAAUUUUUUUUUUUACUCUGGGGAAAUUAACUUAAUAGAGCCUCGUCUCCCAGCUAUUCUAAAGGUUCAUCUUAUACUUUAAAAUCUAUACAGGGCUGGCUGUUUGUUCCUAAAGACAGUGCAGUCUCUGUUAAGCUGAACUCCCUUGUCACAUGCUAGUUGUAUUUUGUUUUGGAAUUGUGCUGUGUUUUUUGAUGCUUGUUUUUACAGUGCAGGUAACCAUGUUCUCCCAUAUUCGGCUUCAUGUUUGGAGCUCAGCAUUGGUUGUGCAGAGCUUCUAAUUCCAUUAAACUCUCUUUAUGUAGAGCUCACAAAUGAGAAUAUUAGCACCAUAAGUUUUUUUUUGUUUGAAAUAAAUUUUAAAAGCACAAGGCUACUUUAAAGUUACAAGGCUAGGCUUGGCACUAUAAGUAGAAGCUUGUUUUUUUUUAUUCAUAUGCUAAAGGUACUGCUGUGCUCCAACUCCCAUUCAAGACUAAAAUGUGACAAGCUUGGAAUUUCUGCAUUAAGUUGCUCUUAAGAGUUGCUGUUAGGGAAUGUUUCUCAGUUUUAUUUGGUGCUGCUUGGACUUUCCUUCUCUGCUAGAAGAUACUCUGCGAAUUGGGGACAACCACACAGUCGUCAAAGAGUAAAUGAGGACAGUUUUACAGUGUGCCCAUUACAUAGGCAAAUCACUGCAGAGUGCAUGUGCUUGUAUGCUGUGGUAAAUGACAGCUAGCCUCCUAAGUAGCCACCCUUCAGCUUUUGUGGGGUAAGAGCAUAUGCAUAGGUAAUUACAAAAAUAGCUACAAUGUAGAUCCCCAGCCUUGUUUACCUGCCGGUAACUAGCUUUUAUGCCCACAGCAGAGUCAGCUAGUAGCUAGGGCAUUGUAGGUUUGCAAAUAAUUGGCCUGUAACUGCAACUGCCACAAGCUUUUAAUCAACCAUCUGAACACUCAAAUAAGGAACAUAUAUUUGUUUGCUGAAGUUCAUUUUGAAAGUUCACUCUUUUUGUAAUAAUUUAAGGAUAUUUAAAGAAAAAAGAAAAAAAUGAGCUCUAGAAACAUCCCUGUGUAAUUCUGGCUUUGACUAAUCAAGAAGUUAUUCUGUUGCCUUUGUUAAACUAAGGGCAUGAAUGCCUAAAUUAAUAACUCUCUUGCUGUAGUUUAAACCUAUAUUGUAAAUAUAAAGAGGGUUGUUAGCAAUGGCAUUCAUGCAUGAAUAGCAUCGUUCAGUAGACCUGUGGCCUGGUUGCUUUUGUAAAGCAGAAUAGUGUGAAUUUUUUUCUUCUGACAUUUCUGUAAUCAGACCUGGUUAAUCUAUGCCUGAUUUACUAAAACAUCUAAACAUUAAAGACUUAAGUGAUAACCGCUUUCACAUGAUUUUAAAACUUCAUCUGUGAUUCUUAAUCUGCGUUUUAGGCAUUAUCAAACUGAUUUUCAUUAACCAGGUCUGACUGCAUAUGUACAUACAACAGUGUAAAUAACCAUUUGUAAAUUAGUGUGAAUUGUUACUGUAUCUUGCAUUUAUGGAUUUGUGUAUUGCAUUGUACUCUCUCCUUCUUCUUUGUAGAAAUUUUGAUGUAAAGAAGAUAUCCAACCUUUGUGUGCUGACUUUUUUUGUUGAUCUUGUUGUUAAAUUGACCAUAUUCAAGGGAUCUGUGUUGUGUGAUAGUCAGAUACACACCCUGUAACAAAACAUAUUAAUUUUGUUAUUAAGGCAUCCACCAUAGUUUUACUGCCUCUGCUGUCUGCUUUCCAUUUGCUUUUUAUGUUAACAUCUGCUUUUUGGGAAUAAUGAUUCUAAAAAUAAAGGAAUUAAUACAGUAAUAUGCUUAAGAAAAAUUAUAUUCUAGUAAUAAGGCAAAUUUAAAAUGCUAAUUAAAAGAAAACGUAUUGCCCUUCAAUAUAGGGGAAAUUGUUGAAUCUCAUUCACUCUAAAUGGGAGCACUUGUAAUUCCUCACAUACAUCAUUGGCAGCUGGUCGCUUCUGAACAGAAAUUUAAGUACCCUUUCUAUAGAGUAUUGUUCCUGUAGUAACGGAAGUGAGUUAUGGUCUGUCAGAAAAUUCCUAAACCAGCAGUUUCCAGUGUACAUAAACUGUUGUCAUAGAAGCAUUAAUUAUUAACCCUGUAACUUUGUGAAUGUUAUAAUAAAAGACCAAAUCAUUAAAAUA